AAAAAUAACCUGGCAGUCUCUCCGAUUGCUCUGCCUCAUCAACAGAGCAGACCUAACCAUGGCGGCGCAGAAACUCCUUGCAGUUGAAUUCGAAGUGUUUGGGCGUGUUCAAGGGGUCUUCUUUCGCAAGUACACAAAGAAGAAAGCAGUUGAGCUGGGUAUUCGAGGCUGGUGUAAGAAUACUGAAGAGAAGACUGUCACUGGCCAGCUGGAGGGACCCCGCCAACAGUUGUCUCACAUGAAAGAAUGGCUUCAGAAGACUGGAAGUCCAAGCUCUCGAAUUGACAAGGCUGAAUUCAAGAAUGAGAAAGAAAUUGAAGAUUACUCUUUCAAGAACUUUUCAAUUAGGCACUAAGUUGCCAAAUUAAGCAGUUUUCAUUUCCAAUCAGUUAAAUGUUACAAGUUUAAAUAGCAAAUAACAAAAGUGAAGAAAACAAUAAUAUAUGGUAGUUAGCUAUGGCUAUUAAUUGCUCAGAUUGAUAUUUUUCCCAUUUGUAACAAAUUUCACUAACAAGACUUAUUGUAUAUUUAUAUACUAUACAAUUACUAAAAUGGUUCAAGAGCAUAGCCUACCUUUUUUCCUUUAUUGGCAUUAUGUGUUAUGUAUAAUUAUUUUGUUAAUUUUUUGUCUAGACAGUUAAUGAAAUUUAGGAAGGAUGAUUAAACAAUUUUUCUCUGAUAAAUGUCAAGUUAUGUAAGUGUAUUUUUGCUUAUCUAAUCCAUUCAUCUGUCUAUAUCUGUGUCUACCUCUGUGUUCUCGUCUGUCUAUGUGUAUCAUGUGUAUUUAUAACAAUGAGGAACUGUGUGUGUGUGUGUGUGUGUGUGUGUGUGUGUGUGUGUGUGUGUGUGUGUGUGUGUGUGUGUGUGGUGACAUAUACAUUAUUAUUACUUUAAAUUACAUCUCAGGAUACAGUGCUCAAUUUUGACAAAACACUCUUAGGUGAUCAAAAGAUUAUGUAACAUCCAUCAGACUUUAUUAACCACUGACCAUCUGCACCAUACCAAAAGUAUGUAAUGCCUGGGGAUUAUAAUGAAGGACAAUUUAUCAUGAGGAAAACACAUCAAAAGUUGGGGAAAUAUAUGAGUUACUAAGAAAAAUGAAAUGGGGUUUUAUCUAUAUAGAUGAAGAGAUGAUGAAAAAAACUAAUAGAAUACAUGAUUUGACCUAAACUAGAAUAUGCUGCACUCAUAUGGUCACUACAUAAUAAGAAAGAUAUAAGGAAGAUAGAGAGGAUUGAAAGAGCUGCAACCUAAAUGGUUCCAAGUUUGAAAGAGCUAAUGUAUGAGGACUAGUAGAUUAAAGAUCUUAAGACUUCCAACAUUGCAACAGAGGAGAGAAAGAGGGGACCUAAUUGCUGUACUAUAUAGGGUAUGGAAGGGGAUGGACACAGUUGACAAAGAAGACCUAUUGGUGUGGGACUCAAGAAAUACAAGGGAACAUGGCAUGAAAUUGAAAAGACUGCAUGUAGAAGAGGCAUUAAGAAAUAUAGUUUUCCAAACAAGCAUAGAAAUGUGGAACAAUUUGGAUGGAACUCGUUCAAGCAAGAAAUAUUCAUGACUUUAAGGCUAAACUGGAUGACUAUAGGUGUGAAAACAGGACAUCAUGAGCAUAGCUCUUUUUCUGUAAAACACAAGUAGGUAAAUACAACUAGGUAAAUAGGAAUGCACACACACA